GACCCAUCCUCUCCAUUAAACCAGAAUUAACCUGCGGGACUAAUCUAGUCUUUAUAGCUACCCGUGGGACUUGCAUCUUUGUUUCCAUUUAGUGGAUCCUCUAUCCAUCCGAGGCUCAGGAACCCUACAGUCUUCUGUUCUGGUGAUGGAGCGUUCAAGCCCUUCCAGAAAGGGCUGCCUCAAGUCCCUGGGCAGGGUUGGCAUUGUGGCUGCCAGCCUCAUGGGAUUGCUUCUGCUUCAGGCAGUAUCAUGGGCAUCAGGUGCCCACCCCUGCAUCCCUAAAAGCUUUGGCUACAGCUCGGUGGUCUGUGUCUGCAAUGCCACAUAUUGUGACUCCCUUGACCCCCUGUCCCUGCCUGCCCCUGGCGUCUUCAGCCGCUAUGAGAGCACACGCAGUGGGCGCCGAAUGGAGCUGAGUCAGGGGACAGUCCAGACCAACUACACAGGCACAGGGCUGCUACUGACCCUGCAACCAGACCAGAAGUUCCAAAAAAUCAAGGGAUUUGGAGGGGCCAUGACUGAUGCUGCUGCUCUCAACAUCCUUGCCCUGUCUCCCCCCGCCCAGAAUUUGCUUCUCAAGUCGUACUUCUCUGAAGAAGGAAUCGAAUACAACAUCAUCCGGGUACCUAUGGCCAGCUGUGACUUCUCUAUCCGUGUCUACACCUAUGCCGACACCCCUGAUGACUUCCAGUUGCACAACUUCAGCCUCCCAGAGGAGGAUGUCAAGCUCAAGAUACCCCUGAUUCACCGAGCCCUGGAGUUAGCCCAGCGCCCUGUCUCACUCUUCGCCAGUCCCUGGACAUCACCCACUUGGCUCAAGACCAAUGGAGCAGUGAAUGGGAGGGGGAAGCUCAAGGGUCAGCCGGGGGAUCUCUACCACCAAACCUGGGCCAGAUACUUUGUCAAGUUCCUGGAUGCCUAUGCUGAGCACAAGUUACAGUUCUGGGCGGUGACAGCUGAGAAUGAGCCUUCUGCAGGGCUAUUUAGUGGGUACCCCUUCCAGUGCCUGGGCUUCACCCCUGAACACCAGCGAGACUUCAUCGCCCGUGACCUGGGACCUACCCUCGCCAACAGUACGCACCACAAUGUCCGUCUGCUCAUGCUGGAUGACCAGCGCUUGCUGCUGCCCCACUGGGCCCAGGUGGUGCUGGCGGACCCAGAGGCAGCCAAGUACAUUCAUGGCAUUGCUAUACAUUGGUACCUGGACUUUCUGGCUCCAGCGAAAGCCACCCUGGGGGAGACACACCGCCUGUUCCCCAACACCAUGCUCUUUGCCUCGGAGGCCUGCGUGGGCUCCAAGUUCUGGGAGCAGAGUGUGCGGCUGGGCUCCUGGGAUCGAGGAAUGCAGUACAGCCACAGCAUCAUCACGAACCUCCUCUAUCACGUGGUUGGCUGGACCGACUGGAACCUUGCCCUGAACCCCGAAGGGGGGCCCAACUGGGUGCGCAACUUUGUUGAUAGCCCCAUCAUCGUGGACAUCACCAAGGACACGUUUUACAAACAGCCCAUGUUCUACCACCUUGGCCACUUCAGCAAGUUCAUUCCUGAGGGCUCCCAGAGAGUAGGGCUGGUUGCCAGUGAGAAGAGCAACUUGGAGACAGUGGCACUGAUCCGUCCCGAUGGCUCUGCAGUUGUGGUUGUGCUGAACCGCUCCUCUAAGGACGUGCCGUUCACCAUCAAGGAUCCUGCCGUGGGCUUCAUGGAGACUAUCUCACCUGGCUACUCCAUUCACACCUACUUGUGGCAUCGCCAGUGAUGGAACAGAUACCCAAACAGGCACCUGGGCUCAGCAUGGGCAUUACAGGGCCAGUCAGCUCACAUGCCAUCUGUGGCUAAAAGGGCAUAGCAGGGCCAGGGUGAGCUUAGGUGACGUAAGCCCAGGGGCAGUGGUUUGGGUGACUCAUGCUCCCCUCUAGCUGGUGCCAGGAGCUGGAGGCCCCUAGGGGACAGAUUGGGAAGCCCCAGUGGUCCCCGCCCCCAUGCUCGUGUGAGCGUGUGCAGUGUGUUCACUGCCGGUGGAAACUGGGCCCAGGCCCAGAGUGAGCUCACUGUCUGUACAGAUGCAAGAUGGGGGUGGGGGGAGGAAGACUAGGAAAGCUGGGCCCAAAACUGGGGACUGUCUGUCUUGGAGAUGCAGAACUGGCCCUGAGCAGAAGCAGUGUCAGCAUCAGGGCACAGGCAGCUGAGGAAGCCAGGUGCCAGUGGGUAGGCUCAAGCACCCAGACACCCCCCUUGGCACCAGCUUGGAAAAAUGGCAGCCCCUUAAAGGAAAGAACAUCUGAUCCCA